AUGCUGACAGUCAUCGACAUCCUCUUCACGAAGGUUGAGGCUACUUGCCUCAGUAGUCCACAGGCCAUGUCGUCCCCGAUUAAUGCAGGAGCGAAACGUAUAACUGACCCCGAUGAAGAUCCGCAGCGUCCAAGAGCUAAUCCUCACAUCCAUCACAGGAACUUAGGCUUCAAUUGCUUGGGAGCUGCCAUCCCGCGUAUUGACAGCGUCUCUGAGGCAUUGCCUGCCUUCGAGUGCCGCGAGGCUGCACUGUACGAAGAAACCACACAGGAGGAGAAGAGGAGCAUGCUAACCGAGCUCACGAAUCUCCCCGACGGAGAAGAAGAUUUAGUUGCAACCGUCGUCCAUCCUGCGAUCCGAGAGAUGAAAGCAAGACCUCAAAUUACGAGCAGCCUCGAAGUCGGAACGUCCAAUACCUCGCCUACUACGUCUGACGACUUCCUCCCCACCACACCGACUGAUGACGACGGCGCUUCCACCGUUGUGGGCAGCGGAAACUCAUACGUGGUUCACAGGACUAAGGGCGACGUCGGUCGGAACCACUCGCCCCAUGACGCCUGA